CCACUGUAUCAUUUCCCGCGAAUCAGAACCACCUAAUUAAAGGCGAUCCAGCUCUCCAUUCACCUCUCCGCUACACAUCCCUUUUCCAUCGGGCGGAGACGAUCUUCUUCGCUUCUGCUCUAUAUACUCUCACAUUCCUCUAUCUCUGGUUUCACCUUUCCUCUCUGUGAAGAAUCCAGCGAAAUGGCAAAUGCGGCAUCCAGUAUGGUAGUCCAUGGCGACUGCAAAUUGAAAUUCUUGGAGCUGCAGGCAAAAAGGACCUAUCGCUAAUCGCUCCAUAAUUUUCAAGAUCGAGGAGAAGCAAAAGGAAGUCAUGGUGGAGAAGCUUGGUGAUCCAAGUCAAAGCUGUGAGGAUUUUGAUGCUAGCAUCCCUGCUGACGAGUGCCGCUAUGCUGUUUAUGAUUACGACUUUGUCACGGAGGAGAACUGCCAGAAGAGCAGGAUAUUUUUCAUUGCCUGGUAAAAUAUUGGAGUCAAUUUUUGAAGUCUAGAAUAUUGUGUGAUGGCAGUAGGUUCCAGAGGACAAUUCAUCCUUAGAAAUCCGCAAGAAAACCUAUUUUCCAAGCCUAUACACAGAUAUUGUUGAACUCAAAAUCAUACACAAUUUUACAGGGGGUUCGCUCUGCCUUCAUAGCAGCUCCAGAUCUUGGAAAUUCAUCCAGAAAUCGCAAAUGAAGAAAAUGCCGGAAUUUUUGGCGCCUCGAAAAUCGAAGUAGAGAAAGUUUGAAUUUUCCAUAUGUUAGAUUUUUCUUAUCCUCAUUCAAUGUAUAUGUGUUUUUCUUCCAAUAUAAGUGACUAUAACCUUCUUUUUUUCCCAAGAAAUGUCAAGAGAGAAAAAACUAUAUAAUCUACCCCAAAACCCUCCCAAACCAAUACAUCAGUGAAGCCACCCUACAAAGUCAAAGGAACCGAUCUCAAGAGGAGAAAGUAACAGGGCUUUAUGCGCGCCACUCUAUGGGAAGCCCCAUUAGCAGUUCUAGGAACUGCCCUAAACUCUAAUGAAACAGAAACUGAAGACAGGAGCUGGAAGCAAUCACGAAGCACCGGGCCUCCGAGGGAAUCUGAAGAAAUGCCCUGGCGAAGCUGGCGAAUCACCACUUCUGAAUCACCUUCGAUGAUGACACAAGGAAGGGACUUGGAGACCAAGAGGGAGAUAGCGUCUCGAGCUACAAGAAGUUCUGCGAGGUAGGGGUCAACAAUGCUUGGGUGCUGGAACCCUACUGCCAACGCCACAUGCUCGUCUGUUGCACGAACCACUAGUCCAGACGAGCAACCGGAAGCAUAAACCGCAACAUCAAAGUUGAUCCUCAUAUAGCCAACAGGAGGAGGGAUCCAGGAGGUGAGGCGGGAGCUUAAGGGCUGAAGGGAAGUGACUAUAACCGUUUGCUGUGUAGGUUUGUGAACCCUAUAGAUUCUAGAGAGGCAUAGACUAUUCCUUAUGCUUGUAUAUGACAUAUAUUGACUGAUGUUUGGUCUAUCUCGCU